UAAGAGUUUGGCCCCCAUUCCGUUGAAAUGUUGGAAAUCGCUGAGGAGUCUGCACCAGAGACUGAUUCUGAGUCAACUGUUAAAUCAACUAAUGUCCAAGGAGACACAAGGAAGAUGUUGCAUGAUGUUCAGGGAGGUGCUACUUUGACAAUUAUCUCUAACAAAAAAAUUGCUAGAUUAUCACUGGAAAAUGUUGAGCAACCACGAUCUCAACGAUUAUCAGAUGAAGAAAUUAUCAGGGUGAGUGCAGUUACUAGUAGCGAUCCAACUGCAUGUCUCCGUCUAACUCAGCUUCAAGCAGAAUCAGUUGAUAAAUUGAAUGAUUCCCCACGUAAAGUGUCCGAUCCUGGUUACUGUGUGAAAAUGCAUGCAACCUCAAGUGAUAACCCACCUUCACUCUGCCUUCAGAUGAUGGACAGAAUCGACAAAACAGAAGAGAUCACUGUAACUGCAUGGCGUGAUUCUGAAUAUGUAAUUCUAGAUCCAACUAACAGACAGAUUUCACAUGCUGACAGCGGUUUGAAAAUAGUGGGUAGAUCUUCACAGUUUGCUGUUAUAGAAGUUGGACAAAUAUCUGAACAUAACACAUCUACCGAUCUAAAAGAAUUAAUUCUUAAAAAGGAAAUUGAAGUGUCUAAAACAUACGAAAUAAUUGGCAACUUUAGUGACCCAAAUCCUUCAUGUAACACUGCUGCAGUAGAGUUAAGAUAUGACUGCAAGAGUUUCUAUGGGAAUAACAAAGAGACUGAUGAUGGUGAACCUCCUCUUGAACUGAAUGACAGUUCAAGCUCAGAUGAUGAAAGUCCAUCUCUUGGUCACAGUGUGUCUGAAAAUAUUUUAUCUGCUUUUGGUUUUGAUGAAUGAGAAUUUAAAUAAACAUUCAGUUUAUUGAUUAUAGUAUAUAAAGUUUAUUCUGUAGUUAUUCUUUAAUAUUAUAUAGAGGUUUUAACAUGAUCCACUGUGGAUGAGCAGAUGUUGUUUUCAGAUUACCCUGAAAACUGAAUGAUUUGUUACAUCACAGGAAUAUAGCUUUUUACCACUGUGCGUACGCUGAUGGGUCUUCAGGUUAUGCUGAUCGAUGAAUGACUUGUUACACAAAUCGCAGGAAUAUGGACGCUGGCCAUCAUAAAUUAUGUUCUCUUCUUUUGCUGGACUGUAGCAAACAAAUCGAAAGUCUUCAAAGCCUAGAAAAUUUUAUUCCAUUGUGUGCUGAUCAUGCAUUCGCGUUCACUGGGCGUUGACUGUGACGUCACAACAUGGCGGAUAUGUUUCGUCAACUUUAAAAUUUAGAAUUAAUAUAGAGGGAGAAUCUGUUAAUUUUUUAAAAGAUAAGGACAGAACCAAAGCAUCUGAUACAGAGUUGGAUGCUGAGAUAGAUGAAGAAAUCUCAACAUUAGUGUUUCAGAAGAUCAG